UCAGCACUCAGCAGUCAGCCUCAGCCAUAGUCUAUGGUUUAGUUUAUGAAGGAAAAAGUACGAAAAAAGAUGUUAGAGAACAUUUUUUUCUAAUUAUUUUUAAAAUAAAUUGUGCAGACAAAGUACACAUUCGAAUAAGUGUUAAAGGAUUGGCAGUAUAACUAACAGCAGUAUUUAAAUCAAGACUAAAAAUGCAUCGUGCAAGGAUAGCCCUCCAGGCUUCUACUAGAUCUGGCACCACAGACAGAUUUGCAUCAUGGCUCCUCAACAAACCUCAGGCUGCCGCUAUGACAGUAAACGCCAACAGGCUGAAAAGUUCCACGGCAGCAGAACCUUUUCUCAAUGGCUCCAGCUCAGCAUAUGUGGAGACCAUGUACAAUGCGUGGCUCUCCGAUCCCAACUCCGUACAUGCAUCCUGGGACGCAUUCUUCCGCAAUGCGACCAACGGAGCACAACCUGGCGUUGCCUACACACCUCCUCCAAAUCUGGCACCGUACUCUAAAAACGAAGUGCCGCUUACGUCACUUGUCCCAGCUUCCGGUGGCAUGCCCUCUAUCUCAGCCGGCUCUCCAAUCAACGAAAAGAUUAUCGACGAUCAUCUAGCCGUACAAGCUAUCAUCAGGAGUUAUCAGUCGCGCGGUCACCUCGUGGCGCGGCUUGAUCCGCUGGGCAUCUCGACUGGGGACCCGAGCUCUAGCGGCGACUGGCAUGGCGGCCUACGAGCCUUCGCCAGUGAAGUGAUCCGAGGACACCAUAUAGCGAAACUCGACCCCUUGGAAAUAGCAAACCUCGAAUUGGCCGGUAAAAAUCCACGGGAGGUGAUACACAACAGCUACAGGUUUGAUGAAGCUGAUAUGGACAGGGUUUUCAAACUACCCUCUACCACUUUUAUUGGAGAGAAGGAGAAGGCUUUGCCUUUAAGAGAGAUCCUGAAUCGACUUGAGCAAGCUUAUUGCAACAACAUCGGUAUCGAGUUCAUGUUUAUCAACUCGCUGGAGCAAUGCAACUGGAUCAGGCAGCGUAUGGAACCGCCCAAUGUUACGAAGAUGAGCAACGACCAGAAGAGAUUGAUCCUCGCUCGACUCACAAGAUCUACUGGAUUUGAGAACUUUUUGGCAAAGAAAUGGUCGUCAGAGAAGCGUUUCGGACUUGAGGGCUGCGAGAUUCUAAUCCCGGCGAUGAAGCAAGUCAUCGACACUUCCACGCGCCUUGGUGUUGAGUCUAUUAUCAUGGGAAUGCCACAUAGAGGACGUCUCAACGUUUUGGCCAACGUAUGCCGCAAGCCCCUGCAUCAGCUGUUCACCCAAUUCGCUGGUCUCGAAGCCGAGGACGACGGAUCUGGUGACGUAAAAUACCACUUGGGUACAUACAUCGAGCGUCUCAACCGCGUGACAAACAAGAACAUCAGACUGGCUGUUUGCGCCAAUCCUUCUCACUUGGAGGCCGUUGACCCCGUGGUGCAGGGCAAGACACGCGCCGAACAAUUCUACAGGGGUGACAACGAGGGCAAGAAGGUGAUGUCUAUCCUGCUCCACGGCGACGCAGCGUUCGCCGGCCAGGGCGUAGUUUUCGAGACUAUGCACUUGUCGGACCUGCCCGCGUACACCACGCACGGCACCGUCCACAUCGUGGCCAACAACCAGAUCGGCUUCACCACUGACCCCAGGCAUUCGCGCUCCUCUGCUUACUGCACAGACGUUGCCCGUGUGGUGAACGCGCCGAUCUUCCACGUAAACAGCGACAAUCCCGAGGCGGUGAUGCACGUUUGCAACGUAGCGGCGGAAUGGCGCGCUACCUUCCACAAGGACGUCGUCAUCGACAUCGUCAGCUACCGCCGCAACGGCCACAAUGAAGUGGACGAGCCGAUGUUCACGCAACCCCUGAUGUACCAGAAGAUCCGCAAGACUAAGCCGGUUCUGGAAAAGUACGCCGACCAGCUGAUCACUGAAGGCGUAGUGACCGCUGAGGAAGUCAAAGACGUGAAGGACAAAUACGACAAAAUCUGCGAGGAGGCCUACAACCAAGCGAAACAGGAAACCCACAUCAAGUACAAAGACUGGCUCGACUCUCCCUGGUCUGGAUUCUUUGAAGGCAAGGACCCACUCAAGAUGUCCCCAACUGGCGUGGUAGAAGAGACGCUGGUCCACAUUGGAAAGCGUUUCUCGUUGCCGCCUCCCAACGCGGCAGAGUUCGAGAUCCACAAGGGGUUACUGCGUAUCCUCAAAGCGCGUAUGGAGAUGGUAGAGAACCGCACAGUGGACUGGGCUUUGGCUGAGGCCAUGGCUUUCGGCUCGCUGUUGAAGGAAGGCAUUCAUGUGCGACUAUCUGGAGAGGACGUUGAAAGAGGCACAUUCUCACACAGGCAUCAUGUGCUUCACCACCAGAAAGUGGACAAGGCCACAUACUGUCCUCUGGCUCACCUGUACCCUGACCAGGCCCCUUACACUGUCUGCAACAGCUCCCUCUCUGAGUACGGCGUACUCGGCUUUGAAGUAGGCUACUCAGUGACAAACCCCAACGCAUUGGUUCUGUGGGAGGCGCAGUUCGGUGACUUCAACAACGUGGCUCAGUGCAUCAUAGAUCAGUUUAUCUCGAGCGGACAGGCUAAAUGGGUGCGACAAUCUGGAAUUGUUCUACUGCAGCCCCAUGGUAUGGAGGGAAUGGGCCCCGAACACUCUUCGGCUCGUUUGGAGCGCUUCUUGCAGAUGAGCGCCGAUGAUCCUGACUACAUGCCACCCGAGAGCCCUGACUAUGAAGUUCGUCAAUUGCACGAUUGCAACUGGAUCGUGGCCAACUGCUCAACACCCGCGUCCCUGUUCCACAUCCUGAGGCGGCAGAUCGCGUUGCCUUUCCGCAAGCCGCUCAUCAUCAUGACACCCAAGUCGCUGUUGCGACACCCCGAGUGCAAGUCCAACUUUGAUGACAUGGUUGAAGGCACUACAUUCAGGAGAUUGAUUCCUGAGGAGGGGCCAGCGGCAGAAAACCCAUCGAAUGUUCGCAAAGUAGCGUUCUGUUCCGGCCGUGUCUACUACGACUUACUGAAACAGCGUCGCGAUAGGAAUCUCGAAAAAGAUAUCGCUAUUGUCAGGUUGGAGCAAAUAUCGCCGUUCCCGUACGACCAGAUCAAGGCGGAGAUCGCCAAGUACCCGAACGCCCAGCUGGUGUGGAGCCAGGAGGAGCACAAGAACAUGGGCUCGUGGAGUUACAUCGAGCCGCGCUUCCGGACGCUGUUGCACAACCAGAAGCAGAUCAGCUACAACGGCCGGGCGACAGCUGCGUCCCCCGCUACAGGAUCCAAGGCAGCCCAUAAUAAGGAGCUCAGAAAUCUCCUCGAAGAGUUUUGCGUGCUAUAAACGAAUAAUAUCGAAAAAAUAUUUCACCAACCAUACUAUUAGCCACCGUCGUCAGUAAAGUCCAAUUGUUAACACAUUUAAUUGAUCGAAAUUAAAAAAACGUAAAUAUCUGAACCGCCAUCUUGGAAUUAUUCCGACAUAGAUUAAAUAUUAAUUACCUUUGUAUUUUUUUUUUAAAUUUGGUUUUAGUUGUAACUGUCAGUAUUUACAAUUCUCUUUACUUUUAGUUAGACUACUUAGAUAAAUUGUAAUUUAUUUAUUCAAUGUAGCGUAUUAUAUACGUUUAGUAGGCACUAUUUAUUUUUAUUUUUUUAAAUCGAUACAGUAAUGUUAUAUGUAGUGUCCGUAUUAGUAAAUGUAAUUAGAAUUACGCUAUUAGAGCUGGAAAUGUAAUGUAAAUAAAUAACAGUUAGUUUUUUUUUUUAACGAUAAAUUAUCUGAAGGGUUAAACGUUCCUCUGGCAUAGUCGAAGACUUUAAAUGGAGCUGUGAAAAUUACCCGUGGUUUUAUAAUUAUAGUUUUGAACUUGCUCCGUGCGAGUGAUUUCAAUACAAAAAAUAAAAGCUAUUUUUUUUUAAAUUUCAAUCUUCUAACUUGUAAUCCGUAGUUGCACUCCAAGCGAUAUUUAAUGAGAUAUUACUAGUUAGUUAUUUAAACGUCAUAACUAUAAUUAUUAGUUUUCAAAACUGGACUUAUCUAUCUAAUAAAUAGUAGUAUUACGUUAACGGUUAUCAGCAAUGUGAUGUUAAUAUAUUUUGCGACCGUAUCCUCUUCGUAUAGUUUUAGUUUAAUAGUUACCGCCGUACUGGCAUCUUGUAAGGAGCAACACCAAACUUUAAUUGUUAUGCGUAUUUAAACUAACUUGUCUGUAAAAUUGUCAAUGUUAUUCUUUAAAUGUAUAAUAUUCUGUAGGGUUAACGCCUUGUUGCAUUUGAGUGAUAAACUGUCGUCGUCAAGAACCAAAGUUUAAUUUUUAUUUAACAAGAAAUUUUAAUAACUUGCUAUUAUUGAAAUAACUUCUAAUAACGAAGUUUAGUUGAAUACAGAAGAAGGUCGAACUGUGUCUGUGACUGUAUUUUCUUUUUGAAAAAUGUAUGUACUUAAAACUAACUUUAAUUGUUUUCAUUUUCCGCUAAAGAAACUUGUGUUAUUUUUGAAAAAUGCUUAGCAUUGAUGAUUCGUAUGCAAAUGUACAAAAAAUAGAGGAUCUUAAUUAUUUCAUGAUGCAACGUCAAAAAAACUGUUAGUUUGCAAUAAAAAGAACGUAUGUGAAAAUUCCAGUUAUACUUCGACAAGUUUAUCGCCAAAUGAAAUAAGCUACAAACUGUUGUACCUAGUAAUAAACAGUUAUAAACUGUCUGGUUUUUAUUACGUGCAUUGUUGUAACUAAAUUAUCAUACGUAUAUCAAAACACUGGCUUUGUACUAGCUUGUAUUAUACGCACGAUUUUAUUGUUAAAACUAUUUUGAUCUUCGUAUUUUGGAACUCGCUCAGGCCUGAAGGGAAUGUAUGGCAGGGAUUGAAGAAUGUUUUGUAUGAGAGUUACACGUUUGGCCGGCCGCCUGGGUUAUUUAUUGCUACAUAGUUUGAUCUAGUUACUUUACAAUAAAUAUAUUAUAUUCAGUAAA